CGUGUUCCAAUAUGGCGGACGGCGAUGAACUUUUGAUCAUCAAAGGCAACAGAAUAGUUCUUCCUGAUUGUAUUUCUUCUGGAUCGAUCAGCGUGAAGAAUGGAAAAAUCGUUGGUAUAGAAAAAGGACUUCACACAAAUGAUAGGACCUUAGAAGCCAAGGUGAAAUUUUUUAUCGAAGCUGUUAAAGAAUAAGCGACUCUUUAUUUAUUUUAAACGUUGCAACCACUGAGUUUGCUGGGGACACUGUUUUUUAUGUUUCCUAGUAAUGAAGGGACUGUCACUUCUUUGUGUAAAUAGUCAUCCGAGACACAAAGAUCAAGCCGUUUGUAGGGGCGGAUCCAGGAUUUCUUUUAGGAGGGAGUGCACUCGUCUCUUGCUCUACUUCAACACCAAUAAACCACAUAGUUUUUUUUUACAGAAUACCAGUUGUAUUAGAAAACCGCAGGUCAUCUUAGGGAGGGGGUGGUGGGGGGGUGCGCACCCCCUGCACCCUCCCCCUAGAUCCACCCCUGGUUUGCAGAGCAGAGGUUGGUCACUUCUUUCUCUGUUGGUUUAAUUAAAUUUAAAAGAUGCUGAGAGUUGAGAGUUUGUCCAAGUUUAAGGUAAACUUGCAACUCUGGAGGAGAAGGGGAGAGCCUGGCCUUUUCAGUGCAUAAGAGGAAGAACGGCCAGUUUGUCUAAUACUGCAAAAAAAAAGAAAAAAAUUAUUUAACAAUGCGGUGAUUUUCACUUGGACAAUGUAAUUGUUUCACAAAUUAUAAAGAAGUACAACUCUCAGAAGCCAGGCUUGAAAAUGAGUAUGCCUUUAGAAGUCAGGUCCGAAAAUGGGUGUGUAUAAGUAUGUCUUGGAUUUAGAGAACUGGCAACAGUUGUUCAAAAGAUGGAUAGCGCUAUCCAUCGGGGCCCAGCUGUUCAAAAGGUGGAUAGUGCUAUACACCAGAUAAAUCUCUAUCCAGUGGAUAAUGCAAUUGAUUUCCCUAAUACUUAUCCACUGGAUAGCAAUUUAUGCGGUGGAUAGUGCUAGGGGCCAGAUAAAUUGUCCAUUUGAUAAGUAUUAGGGAAACCAAUAUUGUGCUACCAGUGGCUGGUGAUUUGUUAAGUGGAUAGCCCUAUCUACCUUGCGAACAACUGGGCUUCAUAGUCAGGGAACAUUCUUAGGAGUACCCCUGGUAGGCUAAGCCCCCUGGGUCUUACAAAAGGCCUAAUUGGCCCAUUUAAGGGAAUCCAGAUUUUGGAAUCUGGGAAAUUUUUGCUUGUGAAAUCUGGAAUCUUGGGCUUUGGAAUCCAGAAUACAGCUCAAGAAAUCAAGAAUUCCACUUAAAAGUGGAAUCCAGAAUCCCAAUUCCACUUACAAAGACUGGAACCCAGUACCUGAAAUCUAGAAUCCAUGGCGAGGAAUCCAGAAUCCAACACUGCCUUGAAUUCCCUUUUAUGGGGUGAAACUGUAGUUCUUCCAGUAUAAUUGGGGUUGCUGUACUUGCUAUUGAAAUGGAGUCACCAUGCAAUUUUCCUUGUGAAUAUCUCUCAGGUGCUAGAUGCAGGAGAUCUUGUUAUCAUGCCAGGUGUUGUUGACAGUCAUGUGCAUGUCAACGAGCCUGGUAGAACAGACUGGGAAGGCUUUGCAACUGCUACCCAAGCAGCAGCUGCUGGAGGAAUCACUACUAUUGUAGAUAUGCCUCUGUGAGUCUUAAUAAUCAUUUAUAAGUUUUUUAUUUACUCUCAGCGGUAUUUAUAGAACAAAUACAAGUAGGACUGACCAAAUGCCUGAAACAAAUCAAAACUUAACAGGGUUAAGAAUCCCAACUGGCCGGAGGCAAACCAGUUGUAGUGUGGCUGAGGAGCCAAACUCAGGACUACUGUGAACUUAAAUGUAGCAAGCGGUCUAAGCCUGACUUAAAGUUGUCACCUCCAAAUUACUUGAUUAUGCUUUUAACCCUUUCAUUACUUGAGUGAAUGAUGAAAUGUCUUGCAACUGGCUAACAACUUAAUUGAGUUAGUGGAUGAAUUCCUGCAUUGUGAACUUUCAAAAUUUUAAACCCCUUUGAGGAGUAAAAUAACUUUGAGACUUUGUGAGACAGCAAGACCCUGGUUUCAAAAUUCAAGACCAAGACUUGAGUGUUUUUCAUCAAUUAUUCUGAGCCCGAGAAUUACUUCUAAAAAUUCUGAGCCUGCAGACUCUAAGGCCAAAAAUUUCGAUGUAAUGGUACAAAUAAAAGUAAGAAAAAUGACUGGAAUGCCAAUGGAAGCUAGUAAAACAAACAAAAAAAAAUAGUGAAACUUGUUGAUAUUUGGCAUGGCCUAGUACCUUGGAGUGAAGUAACAGGUCACCAAGGAACAAAGCAACAUGAACCUGUAACUGUAGGAUUGCAAUUGCAUUUUGAUAAAAGGGAGUUAAUCCAAUCACGCCUUGGCAAGUACAAAAUGCAGGUCACAAGUCACAGAUCACAAGUGCAGGUUAGAGUACAGGUCACCCUGCUGCAGUAAAUAACACUAAAAGAACAAAGAACACUAAAUUGUGUUUCUGAGCCCUAAUCACAAUCCAACACUGAGUAUUAGCUUAAGGGGAAACUACUUAUCUUGGUUAUCUAUGGAUACAACAGUGACCUGCGCUCAUGACCUGUGACCUGUGUUUUGUACCUGCCAUUCACUCCUGGACUGAAAAAGGUGCCAAAUGAUUUGUCACUCUAUCUUAAAUCUGUGGAUGAAUUCCAAUGGAAUUACCAUCUUCUUGUGAAAACUGUACCACAGAACUUUUGCUUUAAACUAUUAAAUUUUGUAACAGUUAACCUGAAAGAAUGCUGUCUUAUUGUUUUGAAGGAAUUCCAUCCCACCUACCACCACACUGGAUGGAUUUUACACUAAACUAAAAAGUGCGAGGAAUAAGUGUUGGACAGAUGUUGCUUUCUGGGGUGGAGUAGUACCUGGAAAUCAGGUGUGUAUCUGUUUUUUGGACCUAGUUACACUUCCCUUUUUAUGCCCCAAGUACAAAGCAUUUAGGCCAUUACUGCACUUUUAAGAAACACGCGAACUCUGAAGUUCAAAAGCUGCCUUCACAAAUGCGUUUCACUGCUGUCAAUCACAAGCAAACAACCUUGAAACAGCAAAACACACACAAUGGAUCAAAAUCCGCCAAUCACAAAUCACAAACCAUGGCCUUUUAAAACCCGUUAAAUUAAACUUCUGUUUCCUAAGAGGUCCACUGAGAUGUUUGACGGCAACGAAAAAUGCAAACGUCAGUUAGCUUUUGAACUUCAGAAAAUUGGCGUGUUUUUGAUAAAGUGCUGUAAACUCAUCGCGAAGAUGAGCUUGGGAGUGGUGCCUUAAAGGUGAAAGGGCCUAUAGCGCAAAAGGGGAGCAUUGCCUUGGAUUUAGCCAUGGCAACCUAGCAAGCGUCAACCACCGGGCACCGUCACACUGAAAGAAUUCAGUGAAAUACUUACCACAACCCAUACUUACCUAUCCGGGGGUGGUAGGAGUGGGAGCAAAACUAGCAGAUACAUUGUAUCGCAGGCCGGGAAUAGCAGUGAUCCGCAAAGAUCAGCAAAGCAAAGCAAAGCAAAGCAGAGCUGCGGCUAAACUGCUGUGACCUGCUAGCAUUGUCUUGAGGUUAAUCUUGCCUAAAUUACAAUUAAGCCACAUUAAGGGCCUGUUUACAUGGAGUGGGGGACCCCGGUCUAGUGGGGUUGGUUUCUUUUAUUUCUACGCUCUGUGGGACACAAAACAAAAGAAACCUACCCCACUCCAUGUAAACAGGGUCUAAAUCAAGGGAGGGGUGAUAAGGAUCUGUAAUUUACAGCAUGGAGUUCAUUGAGAAAAUGAGGCUGAUAUGAUUUUUAUUACAUGGCUUUCUUUAAAUGGAACAAAAAAUAGGCAUAUUAAAAGAAUUUGACAGGUCUUUAAAACGUAUAUUUUAUUGGGGCAAACAAAAAGGGCAGUUGACUACAUUUUCUUGGAGUUUUUUUGUGGAACUAGAUUGUACUAGUACGUGUGCAGAAUUUAGGAAUAAGAAAAGAUCUUACUUGUCAGAACAGUAAGUCAAGGACCAAAAAUUAACCAAUGACAGAAUCAGAAAUGCCUUUUAUAGCUAUGUAAUGAAUAAAAAAAGUUAUGUGUACUUUUGGUAAAUAAACUGUUUUUAUUGGUUUUCUUUCCUCCUUUAGGCUGAAAUCAAACCCAUGGUGAAUGCCGGAAUCAAGGGUUUCAAAUGCUUCCUGAUACACAGUGGAGUUGAUGAAUUCCCUUGUGUUGCAGAGAAUGAUGUCAGACUGGCUAUGAAACAAAUGCAGGGAACAGAUGCUGUGUUUCUGGUAUGUAGUCUAGCUAGUAACAAAGCGGGCUUUUGUCAAGGGGCUUGGGAGAUGACUACCAUUUGACGGGAGCCAGGAAACAAGCUGCAAAAAAUGGAAUGAAAGCUGUUAUGUUGCCAUAGUGAUAAUUUUAGGCCAUGUAUAAGAUUAAAACUCUUCAAUGUGGGUUCUGAUAGUCUCGUGGUCAACCUACCAAUCAUUGGGUUGUAGGUUCAGUUUUUAGCCUAACUAUUGGGUUAUUUUGAGAGUCUGUGCCAGAGGUAAGAGAUUUGCUUCACUGUGUCUCUCUGCACAUAGAGGUGUGUAAAUGGGUACCCCUCCCCCAGGGGGCAGGUGUAUAAAUGGGUACCCCUCUCCCAGGGGCAGUUUUUUUAAUAUCUGUCCCUCCCCUGGGGGAGCUGUGAUACUUCUUGGUGCUUCUUACUGCAGAGAACAAAAUAAUCCAGGAGUGUAGCUACCUGUACCCACGUACAGUGUACGCAUGUGCUUAUCUGAAAAAAUGUUAAGGGAAAAUAAAAACAAAACAACAUUUAGGUCAUGGUAGGAGGAAGCACAGUGAAGAACGUUGAUUGGCAAACUAAAUGCUGGUGCUAGUAUUGCCACAAGAUGGGAAAUUAGGGGACCAAGUCAGAGAGAAAGAGCAAAUGCAUAGAGCGGCAUUUUGCGCGGAGCCUUCGACGUAUUUCCCUUUCAACAAGUAUCGUACCUUUACCUUUACCUCUAACAAAACAUGUAUCACAAUCCCCUUAAAAAAUAAACUAACUUGUCUUAAUUUACUAUUCCGACUUAGUUUCAUGCUGAAGUUGAGCUGCCAGCAGAGGCAGAGAGCACUAGCAAAGGUAGGCAAAGCCUGGACAUUUAUUUUUGGAAGGUCGUUAUUUAUAUUUCUGAUUAUUGUAAUUUUAUGUACUGUAAUAAUAGACGUAGGUUUAGUGAUUGAUUUUGACUCAUGUCAUGUUCUGUGUACUCAACAGACCCUGCUAAAUACAAUACAUUCCUACAGUCACGACCUGAAGCCAUGGAAAACCAAGCGAUUGAACUGGUGAUUAAGCUAUGUACAGAAUAUAGGUCAGUUUUAUAUUUACUGCAGGUACUUUUUUUAAAAGUAAAAUCCAACUAGUAGUCUAUUAUCAAUUCUGCGUUUUGAUUGGUUGAGCUACUACCAGGCUAUAUAUUAUAGCCCACCAGUAGCGAAAAGUACAGGCUUUUUGGCGGCAAAAAAGGAUUAAAGUCUAGCUUUAACUAGCUAAAAGUUUUUUUAUUCUCGAUAUUUUUGACCAACUAGUUGGAUUUUACUAAAACAAUUAUUCCUCUCACCCUCAUGGCCUCUGAGUCAAUAGCCCAUUCGGCCUUCGGCCUCAAAGGCUAUUGUCUCAGAGCCCAUUCUGACUCGAGGAGUAAUUGUUAAAUACGUGAUAAAUAGAACAGAUAUACCAGUCCUGGCGUGAAUUCAAACCAUUAUGGCAUAAGAAAGCUGCUCUAUCGCGUACUUUGUGCGCUUUUAAAACGAAUCAAAACUUUGGCUUUAUCAACCUUUUUGAAAACGUAAUUUGUUCUACAUGAAAGACCGUUUUCAUUUAUAGCCUUUCGUCAUUGUGGGAUAUUUGCACGCUUUAUAUUGAAUGAUGGAGCUCUGCUGUUGGUGGGAACAUGGUAAUAUGAAAGACAAUACUGUAAUAGAAUAGUUGAAAGAAAAUCCCUCAUUCAUUCCAGCAGUAUAUAGAUUGCCGAACUGAAAGAUAAAUUUAUUCUUGUUUUACCGCGCUACUUGCUACUAAACGUAAGAUAUCGAAAAGAGCGUGCAUAAGAAUCUCUUAACCUUUAUGUGUUUGCUGCACAUUGAUAAUGUCAAAAGCUUAUUUAUGAACUAACAUCGUGGUGCCACAGGCCCGCCAAAUUCGCAUACGGCCCGCUUGUUUUUUAAGUGGUCAAAUUUCUCUCAGCUGAAUUUUUUGAAACUGGCAACUCAAUAUUACAUUGGGAGUUAAAACCAUGGCGUUUACGCUGGUCAACAGGAGGUGGGCCUGAUGGAUUCUUGAGCUGUGGUUUCGCCCAAAUUCACCGGCAAAUUUUCUCUCAUAGAAAAGACACUACGCUAUACAAAUUUGACGGGCAAUCACGUGUACAGAUCGCAUUUGAUCAUCAGAUCUCGCCGUCGGCUUCGUCAACAAGAGAUCUGGGUUAGAGAUUACUUAAUCUCCCUAAUGAGAACGCAAAAGCGCGCGGGAAUGACUGAACUGGACUUCUGGUGCCCAAUUUCCCGCUCUGCCGUUCUCUGUUCUCUGUCAUUAGUGAAGCUUGCUGUUAGAUCUGCGUGCGUCGUCGUGAAAGCCGUCGUGCUUUUACUUCUAAAUCUGCGUCUUACUUUCUUUUAGGGUUCCUUGUCAUAUCGUGCACCUUUCUUCAGCCAGCGCCUUGCCCAUGAUCAGGAAGGCCAGAAAGGAAGGAGUCCCUCUCACCAUAGAAACGACGCACCACUAUCUGUCGCUCUUAGCUGAGGAUGUCCCUGAUGGUGCCACUCAGUUCAAAUGCUGCCCGCCAGUCAGAGAUGCUGCAAACCAAGUAUGUUGAAUUGUUUAGCCCCAGGAUCCACAUAGAAAUUCUCCAGACUGAUCUCCAUACAUUUCUUUUAAGAACAGUUGAGAGAAUUUGGUUUAAGAUCAAAGCAUUCUUCCUCUGGUAAUCAAUUUAGUAAUUCUCAUGACCUUUACUCUUGAUGAUCUGAUGUUGUUGUUGGUGUCACGUGCCACGCCCAUUCAACGACGGCAUCGAAAAUAAUGUCGUCUCAAAACCAAAAGAGUCCCAUGGAUUGCGACAAGACGCCGAAAGGGCUUUUUCAGUCCUCAGGCAAUAGACUCUUCCACGGUUUUUUCAACUUUCGAUAAAAAUCAGUCAGCGAAUAUCCCGGUCUUAACACUGUUGAAAAGAGCACCUUAAAUUGAAGAAACUUACCAACUUUAAAGCUGAUACCUAUAAGGGAGCAUACCCUACGAGCAGAAGUUUCUCUUAGUCUUGCAUGGCUUUUAGCGUUUACCAAUAGUUAAACCAACUACGUGGCAGACAAGCUUCAUAAACGCUUAAAGUCAUGCAAGAGAGAAUCCUAUGCUCGUAGGGUAAAGCGAGCAAAGAUAUUGCUUCACAAAGUCGCGAAAUUUUUACGGAGGUUUAUAUGGUGGGGGGCACGAACUUGCCCCCCACCAUAUAAACGUCUGUAAAUUUCAGCGAUUUUGCGCGGCUGUAUCUUUGUUAGUUUUCAACAAAUCACUUUCAAAUUUGCCAUCUUUACUAAUUUUAGGCGUUCUUUUUAGCCGUGUUGAUGGAUUUUCGAUAACUGAUCCCAGUCAAAAGUUGUAAAAAACUUGGAUCUAUUGAAUUAGCAACAGCAUUAUUUUUUUUGUUUAUUCGUAUUCUAAUCAUAUUUUUAAUUUUUCCUUCCCGCCACAGGAGGCUUUGUGGGAAGCACUAAAGUCACGUGACAUUGAUCUUGUAAUCUCGGACCAUUCCCCUUGCACUGUGGAUUUAAAGCUGUUGGACCGAGGAGAUUUUAUGGCAGCCUGGGGAGGAAUCGCUGGAGUACAAUAUGGUAGGUAAAGAAGAGCAGGAGUUCUUUUUCUUGUUACAAUUUUAAUAUGAGUGGCUACAAGCUACUCUACAAGCUACUGAGCAAAGAAAGGCAAUGGGCAUGUUUAGUAUAUCAUAGGUGAGAAAGACAGCCGACUCGGAAGAAAUAAUCUGAGUGCUCCCAAUAGAGAGUCGACCAUCAAGUUACAGGAGACUCGUGUGAGCUAAGGCCACUGAACUACAAUUCUCGUCACUUUAAGUUGGGACACCCCGUGUUGUACCCAUAUUUCGACAAAAAGUUGUGCUCCUUCCCUCCCAGUGUUGAUUUUGUUGCUUCUGACAUGCCAACUCGCAAAAACCAACAUUGAGAGGGCAGAAAAUACCACAACUGUCCCAACUAAUGUGACGAGAACUGCAGGUUCAUGUGACAAAUAUCCUGCAUAUUGCUAGGACUAGAAUGUCGAUAUGUGUUUAUGCGCAAUGAUAGAAUAGAAAUGUGAAUGUGAGUUUUAAGCCUGGUUAAUACAGGCGGGCGGCUCGGAAGAAACAUACUAAGCGUGGGAAUGGGAUAAAGAAAAAGGGAACUAAACGAUGCUGCCCUCUUUUGGUUCUGCUCAUCAUUCCACGUGCGUUGUUUUCUCCAGGUUUAUCAAUAUUCUGGAGUCAGGCCAGCACGCGAGGUUUCUCUCUACAUGAUGUGGUUCGUGUGAUGUGUGAAGAGCCCACCAAGCUGAGCCGCUUGAGUCAUCGUAAAGGAAAGAUCGCCGUGGGCAUGGAUGCUGACUUUGUUCUUUGGGAUCCCGAAGAAGCAGUUGUGGUAAAGCCGAAAUUUUUAAGUUUUCCUAUUUUUGCAUUAUGUUAACGUCUCUGUAAGCCCGUAAAGGUGAUGUUACACGGGACGAUUCGCAACCACGAUUUUUAGCGCAACACAGCGUUGUAAUGUUGGAACAAUGUUGUAACUACUGGAAACAAUGUCGCAACAAUGCUGCGCAAAAGGUCGUCGUUGCAAAUCGUCUCGUGUAACAUUUCUAUUGUUCUCGUAGCGCAAGGCGUUAACGCUUCUGCCGAACGUACCGUGUUCGAUAUCCGCUAUCGCCCCCCUUUUUUCCCCUUCAAAUUUAUAGAUUCUUUUUUUUUCUCUUUUUUUAAGCCCAAUAAUUUAAUAUUAAAAAAGUACAUUGAUCAUUUCGAAGAUGAUUUGAUUACAAGCAAUAAAUUUGCAAGAAUUUAUUAAGUUACAGUUGAGAUCCGCGUUCGAUCGAUACUCGACGACUUUUCAACCUUGCGUACACAGAGUGAAACAAACUUGUUACUGGGCUGUCUUUGGCAGGCCCAGUCAUAAUUUCGGUUUUCGAUCGUCUACGUAGAAAAACGAACACCCGGGGGAGGGAAGACACGACGUCUGGGACCGAGAAACGAUGUUCUCACAACUUGUUUGGAAUUAAAAGAAGCUAAAAGAACUAGUACAACCCAGCUUUACUGAACGUUUUUUAGUUUAACCUCCGGUGGAGAGGUACUGGUUUUGAUACCCGUCAUCGCACAUAUUUUCUUCGACGAAUUUAACACAUACUUUUUUCUUUUUUAUGGUUACUUGAGUAAAGAAUAUUCAUAGCCAGUAAGCACAUAUCCUCUGAGGGGACCAUUUUUCUCACCGCUAGGGGCUUAGCGGUGAGGAUCGAUAAGAGACGGCUGUAUUCGCAGGUUACUCAUCCCCUACCUGCUUGCACGUCUCAAUUGAUACACGCGUCCAGAUCGCUUGACGCGCGCGUUCAGUUCGUGCAACACAGUCACCAGGUUCGCGUGUUCAUCAAAUUAAAAAACGAACAGAUUUACGCUGGCUCAUUUUUGUUUCUUUAGUUAUAUUUUCCAUUGGUUGUAUCUAAAGCUUUCAUUUUCAUUUCAGAUUGACCAGAAAAUAACUCGUCAUAAAAACAAGGUAUUUUAUAUCGAUAGCCUGAUUCUACUGUACUAAAAUUCUUACUUGGUUGCGAGGCUUUGGGAAUAAAACAACUAAAGCAAAAGAAAUCAUCUCGAGGCACAGCAAUGAAUAAUACAUUUAUUUUGUUUCAUUUCCCCAAGCCUCGGAGUUAAGUAUGGAUUUUAAUAUAUCGAUAUUGGACUAUUACCCAGCGAUUUAUAGUUUAAUGAAAUAUUUCGUUUAACCGGCACUUUAGAAUAGAAACGAGCGAAAAAUAACCAAACGUUUCGAUGAUGUCAUCAUCAAGCCGAAAUCAGGGAGCAAAAAUGGUAGCAAUUUUCUGUAUCUAGUAUAUAAGUACCAAUCUUUGUUUAAUAUUGAAGUUAUUGUAUUCACUGUAUAGUCUGCUUACUUAUGUUUGGGCCUGUCCAUUUAGUUUUAAGGGUACAAAAACUCUGCAGCGAGAUGUUAAUUUUAGGUUCGAGAUACCAUAAAUGUAGUCCACGUAUUCCUUCAAGCCAAGAUCAGCUUAUCCCGCACUCGCUCCUUUUUCACUAAAAUCCCGCAUCCCGCUAUUAUUUUUAUCGCUUUCCCGAAUUCCUCUCUUGUUUCCAAAUACCUCAAUAAAAAAGAAAAAAAAACUAAUAAGCACGCGUUUUAUCUCGUUGUUCCGAAACAUUUUUUAUUCCGCUUAUAUAACCCCCGGAUAUAAGCCCCCCAUUUAUAAGCCCACCCAAAACCCCUUACAGCGCCGUAGCUAGUAUGAGGCCAACCGAGGCACUCGCCUCGGUAAAAUUUUGACGAAUUUCGCCGAUCAUUUUUAUUUUACAUAAGCGAUCAUCGGAUAUUUUUAACGCAUCAUGAUAUUAUAAAGAAUUCAGCAAUUCAGUCAAUAUACUAUGAAAAAAUUACCAUAUCAUCGAUCUCAAGGGGCUACGUACGUUAACUCAAAUUUUUUUUGAACAAAUACUGAUCAAAACCAUUGGCGAGGUUAACGGUCACCCAGAUUAUGUAGCUUGUUUCUGAUUAUUGCUUUUUAAAUUCCACUUAAAUUAACUCGAAAAAAAGUUACCGAAAGGCCCAGAAAACGCUGCAAAUCGCAUUUCCGAGAGACUAAAGUUCAAAAUUUCUCGGGGGGGGGGGGGCAUGCCCCCGAACCCCCCUAGCAACUCCCGCCUGCCUCGGUUGGCCGUUUGGUCUGGCUACGGCACUGCCUUAUGAUGUUAUAUAAGCCCAGGGCUUUAAAGUGGGACUUUACGGUAUUGCGUUUUCCUGAAUCCCGCACCGUAUUUUGGUCAAAUCCCGGAUCCCGACAAUACCCUUCCAGACCCUAGGGAUCAGAGCUCCAAACUGAUCCGGAGAGGGGGGGAGGCUACUUGGGUUAAUUCUUGCUGGGUAUGUGUCGCUGCCCUCUCAGGGCGCCUACCCUUUUAUAGUCUAUUCUGUGGCCAAAUAUAGACCUCAUCUUAUUCACUUUUGGGAAAAUGUAAUUUUCGCGAUCCAAACUUAGUAACUUUCUGUUUAUGCAUCUAUGUAAUGAAUUGACUCAUGGGUAAACUUAAUAAAGUAAAAUCUUCCCCUUUUUAAAUCCCAUCUAAUCCCUCCCUAUCCCUACCCUGAAUUUUCUGAUCCCCCAAAUCCCGAAAAUGUGCGAUCCGGUUCAUUAUAGUCAAUCCAGCCGUGAAAAUGUGACCCCAUCCAGCGGCACAUCCCUAAUAGCCUAUUACUAGGAAGUACCCAUCUCCGUGGGAAACUGAUGGACCAGUUGACUUGAAAAAUGGUUUAUCAAGUGGUUAACAUUUUAUUUCCCGUCUUGUUUUUCAGGUAACUCCAUACCACAACAUGAAAUUACGCGGAGUCGUCCACAAGACCAUGCUACGAGGAAACGUAGUUUAUGAACGGGACAGAGUCUGCGAUCAUCCCGCGGGACAACUGCUUCUUGAAGCGGAACAUGGAAGUGCAACGUCGAAAAUUUAGAUGACAGUGAAUGAGUUUUGAUAACGUUUGAGAGUGAAUUCGAAUGUGGUUGGGUUACUUUCUGUAGUGACUAUGAGUCUGUCUUCUUGUUUUCGUGAUUUUUUCGAGAUAUGGUCAUAAUUUGUCUAGCAAACUGGU